CAACUAUAACAUAACGACCUAAAGUGAUUUGGCUUUGGGGUCAGGUGGGAGAAGAUACCCAGCCCUUCCCAAGAUGAAGGGUUUCUGCGAUAAUUCUCCCAGACACAUAACUAAUUUUGGAACCUAACAACAAAGUGCAAACUAAUCUGCAACAGAAUUUUCCACUCACAUUGGGUUUCAACAAACUGCUAAAAAUGCAGCACAUGACUUGUUAUUGUUAUAUUUAUAUUAUGUGAUGAAGGGCUAAUAAUUAAGAAUAUAUCCUAGUUAAUUUCUAAUCCCCAAAACAUAUCAUGGUAUAAAAUUUGUAUCAGGAUUCAAUCAAGCUAAGCCACACGGCCGCCACAGCAUAGCAUCCAGGGCAGAAAUUAAAAAUGUCGAGGGUGAAUUCAGAGAAGAAGCUGGGUGCAGGACGUGUGGUGGCUGUGGCAAUUGAGAAUAACAAGACAAGCCAACAUGCUGCCAAAUGGGCAGUGGACAAUCUUCUUCCCAAAGACCAAUGUCUCUUACUAAUCCAUGUUAGACAAAGACCAUCUUCGGUUCCAUUGUCGGAUCAUUUGAGCGAAGCUGUGGGCGACAACGAAUCCAAGGAACUUUUUGAAUCAUUUCGAGUCUUCUGCAAUAGAAAAAGUAUACAAUGCAAAGAAGUGCUGCUGGAGGACACGGAUAUAUCUAAGGCAUUAAUAGACACCAUUUCCACGAAUACCAUAGAGCUUCUUGUACUUGGGGCGCCCUCAAGGGGUGGCCUUGUUAGAAGAUUUAGGACAACUGAUGUCCCAAGCACUGUGUCCAAAGGGGCGCCACAAUUCUGCACAGUUUAUAUAAUUUCUAAAGGAAAAAUCUCAAGUGUAAGAUCUGCUACUGCUCCAUUGGCUCCUAACAAAGCUGCCAUUGCCGCUGCCGCUGCCGCCGCCGCUGCCACCACACCCCGUAACCAAUUGCAGCCACAACAACAACCACACCCGCAGAUAAUGCGAAGUCCUGAAAGAUUUUCAGAUUCUCAGCCACCCCGCAACUACCCACCACGACCUACAUCAGAGAGGCCAACAGCAUUCGGGAGUCAUGGGGCACACCACCCCAUGAUGGAUGAAGAUGAUAUCAUAUCACCGUUCACAAGGGCUGGGAAAACAUACGAGCCUUCAAAAUUUCAGGAUUCUGAUAUAUCAUUCGUGAGCAGCGGAAGGCCAAGUGUUGAACGAAUGUUCCCAACAUUGUACGAGGAUCAGGACAGUGCGAGUGGAAUUGCCCUGGGUAGGUUCUCAGAUUACGAUGGUAGGAACAGCUUCGCUUCUUCCUACUCUUCACAAUCGCAGGGCAUCGAUGACCACUCCUUCUCCUCGCAAUCGAGGUUAUCCGAUUGCACCGACGACGUGGAAUUCGAGAUGAGGAGGCUGAAGCUGGAACUGAAGCAGACAAUGGAAAUGUACAGCUCUGUCUGCAAGGAAGCCAUGACCGCAAAGCAUAAGGCAAUGGAGCUUCAACGUUGGAAAGUGGAAGAACAGAAGAAAUUGGAAGACUCAUCAAUGUCGUCGUCCCCGGGUGAAGCUGUAACAUCAUCAUCAUCCAUGGCACUGAUGGAGAUGGAGCAGGAAAAGAUAAGAGAAGAAGCACUUCAAAAGAUUGCAGCAUUGGAAGCACAGAAGAGAAUGAGUCUGCAGAUGGAGAGGAAGAAGCCUGAGGAGAAGACCGUGAGUAGUUUUGGACACACUGCGAGGUACAGAAGAUACACCAUUGAGGAAAUAGAAGAGGCAACAAACAUGUUCUCGGAGUCUCUCAAGAUCGGGGAAGGAGGGUAUGGGCCAGUAUACAGGUGCGAACUAGAUUGCACCCAGGUUGCAAUAAAGGUGUUGAAGCCAGAUGCAGCACAAGGGAGAGAGCAGUUCCAGCAGGAGGUGGAAGUGCUGAGUUGCAUAAGGCAUCCAAACAUGGUUCUUCUGCUGGGUGCGUGCCCAGAGUAUGGGUGUCUGGUGUACGAGUACAUGGCCAAUGGAAGCUUGGACGACUGUCUGUUCCCAAGAGGAAAAUCACGGCCACCUCUCCCAUGGCAGCUGAGGUUCCAAAUCGCUGCAGAGAUAGCCACAGGUCUCCUUUUCCUUCAUCAGACUAAACCGGAGCCACUGGUCCACCGCGACUUGAAACCCGGGAACAUCCUCCUUGACCGCAACUACGUGAGCAAGAUCAGUGACGUGGGCUUGGCCAGGCUUGUCCCUCCUUCGGUUGCAGACACUGUGACUCAGUAUCGCAUGACUUCCACAGCUGGAACAUUCUGCUACAUCGACCCGGAGUACCAGCAAACGGGCAUGCUCGGAAUCAAAUCAGACAUAUACUCUCUCGGGAUCAUGCUUCUUCAAUUGGUGACCGCCAAGCCUCCCAUGGGUUUGACUCAUCAUGUUGGAAGGUCCAUUGAGAAGGGCACUUUUGCAGAGAUGCUUGACCCGGCCAUUCCUGACUGGCCACUCGAACAGACCUUGCAUUUCGCCAAGCUUUCCCUCGGAUGCGCCGAGAUGAGAAGAAAAGAUCGACCAGAUCUUGGAAAAGUUGUGUUGCCGGAGCUCAAUAAGCUUAGGGCAUUUGCUGAACAAUGCAUGUCACCUAUGAUGAUGUUUGCACUUAGAAGUACUGGUGGUGGUGGUGGUGGUGCAGGAUAUGUUCCCAGAAACAGUAACUCUUCCGGACUUUCUUCUUCAACUCAAGACAUGAGUGAAGUGUCUGGCUUCUCUGGAUAUGAAAGCCGCUCAAGCACAUCAUCGCUGGGGAGAAUAUGAUGGAAGUGUAGAGUUAUUGUUUUACCUUUCCUUUCGAGUAAUUUUUUUGGGAGGCAGAAGGGGUAUCAAUUAAACUUUGCUUGGUUUGGAUAUCAUCCACAACACUCGAUCGCCCACAUGCAUCUUUGAUGAAUAAUUGUAAUCCUUGAAUGUAUUUCACAACUUCAAUAGGAAUCUAUGAUGAGUUUUGUCAUUAAAUCCAACACAAUUUGAUGUGCAGAACAAUCACAAUCUUCCA